AAAAAGGAGAAGGAGAAGCAUCCCGACCACGAAUUACGCAACACACGCACAUACACUCCGAACUGAACCCUCUUUCUUCAUUCAUUCGUUCCCUGUUUUUGCUCAACAACAACCAUGCUCCUCAGAGCAGCUUCCUCUUUCUCUCUUCUCAACUCCAAUGGCGGCGACCAUCUUCUCCCCCCUCUGUUUUCCUCUUCCGUUUCACCCAAAACCUUUCUCCCCUGCGCCACCAAGGGCUCCAACAACCGCCCCCUAACCGGCGUCGUUUUUGAACCCUUUGAAGAGGUCAAGAAGGAGCUCGACCUUGUUCCCACUGUUCCUCAAGCUUCCCUUGCUCGCCAGAAGUUCGUAGAUGAGUGUGAGGCUGCGAUUAACGAGCAGAUCAAUGUGGAGUACACUGUUUCGUAUGUUUACCAUGCAAUGUUUGCCUACUUCGACAGGGACAAUGUUGCGCUUAAGGGUCUUGCCAAGUUUUUCAAGGAGUCAAGUAUGGAGGAAAGGGAGCAUGCUGAAAAAUUGAUGGAGUAUCAGAACAAACGGGGUGGGAGAGUGAAGUUGCAGUCUAUAGUGAUGCCUCCUUCUGAGUUUGAACAUGAGGAAAAGGGAGAUGCGCUAUAUGCAAUGGAACUUGCUCUGUCAUUGGAGAAGCUAACAAAUGAAAAGCUCCUUAACUUGCACAGUGUUGCCUCAAAGAACAACGAUGCGCAGUUGACAGAUUUUAUUGAAAGCGAGUAUUUGGGUGAACAGGUGGAAUCUAUUAAACAAAUCUCGGAGUACGUUGCUCAGCUUAGAAGAGUUGGCAAAGGACAUGGUACCUGGCACUUCAAUCAGAUGCUGCUCCAGGACGGAGUUGCUGCUUGAUGAUUUACACUUUCGAUCUCACCCCUUUCUUGUUAGUCUGUCCGUUUGAGGAUUGAACUUUGGUUUAAAAAUGUCAUCAAUAUCAUGUGGUUCAUUUAUUGGUUGAUCAUGACUGUUGGUAAAUCUUCUAAUACAAGCGUCUAAUAGAAGAAAUAUUGUGUUAAAAAGAGAACGUUUCUGCCCGUUCCAUUUUAUGAUAAAAAUAAAACGUUUUUAGAGAAA